GUGUGUAAAUGCCAACAAAUCAUCUCGUCCCUAAAUCUGCGGCUGUGAGUUGAAGUGGAGAAAACCAUAUCUAUGCAGACACUACUCACCAUUUUGCCCUUUUGGUCUGUCUCCAUCUUCACCACAAGGAAGAAAUUAGAGCCCCCUUUUCUUGAAAAUGGCCCUCACUUCAAUCUCCUUACUGCCCAUCAAGCCCAUAACUAACGCCGUUCCUUCCUCAUCUCUCCAUAUCCCUUCCAAGCCCAUCAUCUCCGUCUCUUGCCACUUGGAAACUCAAAUUAGCUGCACCCAUCAUACAGCUAAAACUGCAGAACCAAAGAAGUGGAGAAAGCUUGUUUCGACUGCACUGGCAGCAGCUGUGGUUGCUUUCAGUACUAGUAACAUAUCUGCUAUGGCUGAGCUGAAUAAAUUUGAAGCAGAAACCCGAGGCGAAUUUGGGAUUGGAUCGGCAGCUCAGUUUGGUUCUGCAGACCUCAAGAAAGCAGUUCAUGUGAAUGAAAAUUUCAGAAGAGCCAAUUUCACAGCUGCUGAUAUGAGGGAAUCAGAUUUCAGUGGUUCGACUUUCAACGGUGCGUAUCUUGAGAAGGCCGUUGCGUACAAAGCGAAUUUCACUGGUGCCGAUCUGAGCGACACGCUAAUGGAUCGCAUGGUUCUAAAUGAAGCGAAUCUAACGAAUGCUGUGCUAGUGAGAUCAGUUCUGACUCGGAGUGAUCUUGGGGGUGCUAUAAUUGAAGGUGCUGAUUUUAGUGAUGCAGUUUUAGACCUUCCCCAGAAACAGGCUCUCUGCAAGUACGCGAGUGGCACUAACCCUAUAACAGGAGUGAACACCAGAAAAAGCCUAGGCUGUGGGAAUAGUCGACGAAACGCGUACGGUUCCCCGUCUUCCCCUCUGCUGAGUGCUCCUCCGCCGAAACUCCUGGACCGGGACGGUUUCUGCGAUCCAGCCACUGGCCUCUGUGAUGCUAACUGAUUCAUUAUUCCGGCCAUCCGGUGAAAAUGAAAAAAGAAAUCUCUCUCUCCUUCUCUCCCUCUCUCCCUCUCUCUCUCUCUCUAUAUAUAUAUAUAUAUUCAAUUUAUACAUACAUGUCUGAGAUAAUGUACGAAAUAAAGUUAUCGAAAUAUAUACAUAUUUUGGCAUCGAGCAGAGUAUAAAAUUAGGGUGUAAA